AUGGAUUGUAAUUUAGUUUCUUCACCCACCUACCAGAAUUUAUAUACAUCACGCCGUCGACCUCCUCCCCCACCACCUUUACUGAGCCCAGACGACAAACCUCCUGCCCUCCCACCUCGUAACUAUAGGAAACCAUUAAACGACCCUCCUAGCAACAAGACGCCCGGUGCUGGUGGUGAAGAAUCAGUGGAUAAUACUAAGUUGGAUUUUAAAAGUUUAAUGAACCAAUGGGAAGGGUCUCCGAGGGAGGACAGCUACGCAGCAGAUUUACGUCGACAAGCUCGCAGAUUUUCCGAACAACAACCGAAUUCCACCAACAUGAGCAUCCUUCAUUCUAAAACUAAAAUAAACUUUUCGCAAUCUUACAAACGAGAACCUGUGUUAGUUCACCAAGCAACGCCACCUCAAAACACUAACUCGUCUUUCGAGGAGAAGACUACAGUUACUUCCCCUGUUUUAGAACAACCAAUGGUUGUUGAGGAAGGAAAUAAAGAGAAUAAAGCGCCCUCUACACCAAGCAAUCAACCAAUGAGUGAUGAGGAAAUGAAAACACCUCCUCGUGUUGAUAGAAGUAUUUCGGAACUAUCAUUACCAUCGCCACCUAUACAUUAUGGAACAUUAGAGGGAGAUCACUCUGAACUACCUCCUCCACCACCAGAAGUUCUGGAAGAAGCUGAAAAAGAUGACCAGAUUUCAGAUCGUGUUUGUAUUUUCUGGGAGAGAUUAUUUUGA